UCUCAGUUUAGUUACACCGUAAAUUAAUAAAGGAAUUUAUCUAUGGUAUAUUCAUUUCGCACAAUCAUAAAUGAAGCCCAAAAUUUGUAUUAAAACUACUAGCAAAUUGCUGUACAAAAAAGUUCUGAAUAAAAAAAUUAAACAAAGUAAUAAGUUUAUUCAAAGUCCAGUUGUAGCAAAUGAAAAGGAUUCUAAAAUCACUUAUUUAGAGAGCACCUUUAAAAUUGAUGACAAAUUUUACAAUAAAAUCAAUAAAAAUAUUAGAAAAUCAAAGUUGAAUAAACAUGGAUAUAUGAAGAAUAAAGGCAAACAUUUGGUGUGGGGCCCAAACGAAAAUCAGAAUGUAAAAGUGCCAUGUAAACAAUUAAAGUUUCUUCAUUGAUUCUGGGCAAAUUAAAAGGAGGGGUGAUGAAGGGUAAAUCUCCAUGAUGGCCUGAUUUAUUUUUUCAAGAAGGCAUUAAAAAUGCAAAUUGGAUUUUUUUUAAAAAAAAAUAAAUGAUUAUUUUAAUUUGUUUAGAUUUCAAUUUUUUAAAAUAUAUUAAAUCAUAUUCUUUUCUUGUAUGUUUAUAUUAUUCAUGUAAUUCAAUGCUCAACAGCUAAUAUUAACAAUAGGGGUUUUUUUUAUUUGGCCUAACUCAUUCAAAAAUUAAAAAACACAUCCUAUUAUUGGUUCUAAAAAAUUCAAUAGAAAAAGGGCAAGGAUGCCAUUUUUAUUAUAGUUUAGUUAAAUUGAAUUUGUUUUCUAUUUCUUUCAAUGUCUUAAAUAUUAUAAUAAUUUUUAUUAUAUUAACAUAGUAUUUUAGAUAUUAUUAUUAUUAUGAUAUAUGUAUGUUCUUUUUAUUGUUUUAAAAUAAAAAUAUAUAGCAU